AUGGGGAACGACAGUCUAACCCCUAAAAGUGCUGAUUCUCGGCUGCACGAGCUGCAGCAACAGCCGCAGCAACUGCAGCAGCAGCCGCAGCAACUGCAGCAGCAGCAGAUUCCACAGAGGCAGGAUGAGCCGCACCAGACGGAGCAGCAGCAGCUGAACGCGCCGCCUGAGCAGCAGCAGCAGCAGCAGCAGCAGCUCCAGACAGAUGAGACUGAGGGCGGCAUCAGCUCCCAGCCACUUUCGAAAGGCUUGCGGCUUCAGAAGCAGCAAAAGGAAGUUGACUCAGCAGCAGCAGCAGCAGCAGCAGCAGCAGCAGCAGCUGGGGAUACCGUUUUUUGUGGCCUUGGAUCUAACGCCGUAUCUCUUGCGCGAAGCAGCAGCGCUGAUGAGGCAGCCGCUGCUGCAGUGCGUGCAGCUGCAGUAGCAGCAGCAGCAGCUGCUGCUGCUGAGGCGGCUGCAGCAGCGGCUGCGGAAGCAGCAGCAGCAACCGCUGCAGGCAUCCAGCAGCGGCCUCCCGCAGCUGUCCAUGCAGCAAAUAAUCCAAGUGGCACCGGCAAUAGCAGCAGCAGCAGCAGCAGCAGCAGUAGCAGCAGCAGCAGCAGCAGCAACAGUCAUGGAGCAACGAAAACGAUCUCCCCCUUGAGGUCUCCGGAUGAUUUACAGCGGAGCUCCUCACCUGCUGCUGCUGCUGCUGCUCUUGGGACUGUUCCUGCUUGGGGGCAAGUUUCGCCUAACAGCAACAGCAGCAGCAGCAGCAGCAGCAGCAGCAUGCAGGCCACCGACAGCGGUUGCAGCAGAUCCACGAAUUCAUCUAGGCGUGUAUCGCCUGUGGCUGGCCUCUGCUUGGAGUCUGGUGGCGCUUUGUUGCCAACAGAAUCAGCAGCUGCUGCACUUCCUGCUGCUGCUGCUGCUGCUGCUGCUGCUGCUGCCGUUGUCCCAGCUGUGCUGCAGCAGCAGCAGCACGACGUUGGCUCCACCUUGCCGGUGGGACAGUUGGUUACUGAGGUCUCGUUACCGGGCGGGAUCUCGUGCCCUGCCCUGCAGCAGACGCAGCUGCAGCAGCAGCAGCAGCAAUUGCUGCAGCAGCAAGAGCUUUUGCUUCGGCUGCCGGAAGGAGAAGCAGUCAGCCUUGAGUUGUGUGAAGGCAGCAUGCCGCAGCAGAUGCAGCUUUGCCUUGCUGCUGGCGACGUUUGCGCAUUUGUCGAAGGGCCGCCGCAGCAGCAGCAGCCACAGCAGCAGCAACAGCAGCAGCAGCAGCCCGCCUUUGCAAAAGAGGCACAGUUUGGUGGCCUAGAAGUUGAACAGCAACAGGCUCAGAGCCUGCAGCAACUGGAGCAGCAGCAGGAGCUGCCGCUCCCGCUGCAGCUCAGCGAGCCACGAAGCAACGAGGACUGCGUGGAUGACGAGAGUAUCGACCCUGACAGCAGCAGCAGCAGCAGCAGCAACAACUGCAGCAGCAACAACGGCUGCGGAAGCGAUGAGGACGCAAGUAUGAGCGUCGAUGCAGAGGAAGGAGUAGCUGCUUCAGUGCAGCAGCUGCCUGCCCUCGCAGCAGCAGCAUUCGCGAGUGUUUCAGGGCCGCAGCAACAGCAGCAGCAGCUGCAACAUUUGGAGCAGGAGCGGCUGCUGCUGCUGCAGGAAAGCCGAUACUUGCAACACGAGCAUGCAGAGCCCUACGGCACUGUAGUAUCUCUUCAUGAGAGCAGCAGUGCCGGCAGCACAGCCUUUGAUGAGCAGCAGCAGCAGCGGCAGCAGGAGCAGCACUUGCAGCAAGGUCUCGCGCUGCAGCAGCAGCAGGAAGAAUUCUUAAGGGAAGCGGAAGCUGCAGCGAAACAGCCGCUUGCCUUCGAGUGUAUGGACACCGAUUGCGACCCGUCGCAGGUCCCUCCGACUAGCUCGCAGCAGCUGCAGCAAGAGCAGCAGCACGCAGAGCAGCAGCAGCAGCAGCAGCAGCUGCAGCAAGAGCCACAAGAGAGCAGCAUGGCUGGAGACGCCGGCAACAGCUCGGACGCGAGAACACAGGCUGCGGAGGAGGCUGAGGUCGAGGAGCUGCUGCAGUACUACGGGGCCCCCAGGCCCUCGGACGCUCGUUACCAGCACCUGACUGCUUUGAUUUACCUUCACUUCUUGAACUAUGUGGACCGUGGGUUCUGUGGGGAGGCUUCGUGCAGCGACUUGAGCCCCGACUGCCCCUUCGUAUUUGAUUUGGGGGACGCGAGGCGCAGCAGCUACGGCACUGCAUCUCUCUUUGAUUUGUUCACUGCGCUGCUGCAGCGGUACGGAGCUGCUGCAGUUGAGGCUGUCUUUGCCUUGGUGGCAGUGCCAGUGAGGUUUACGCAUUACAUACAGUGCCACGUGCUUGGAGCCAAGCAGCAGCAGCAGCAGCAGCGGCGACAGCAGCAGCAGAAGGGGCAGUGCGGCUGCAGGUGCUCAGGCGGCUGUUACGGCCGCCGCAGCAGCAGCAGCAGCAGCAGCAGCAGCAGCAAGCAGGGAACGCAGCAGGCACAGAUAUGCACAGGAGUUGUCCCCUGCUGCUGCAACGUCACCUUCCUUGCCCCACACCCUCCUGCAGCAGCAACUUGUGGCUGCUUGGGGGACCUGCCUCCCGCCUUUCCAGAGUCUUUGCGGCGUCUGCUGCCGCCUCGCCGCGACUCUGCAGCAGCUGCAGAUGACGAGGACAGCCCGACAGCAGCUGCGCAGGGCUGCUGCGGAGAGGCAGACGAGCUGCAGCAGCAGCAGCAGCUGCAGCAGCAGGCGCUUCACUCGUCUGCGACGAGCACAUGCGACAGCAGCAGCUGCAGCCGCCGCUGUAGCAACAGCAGCACCGCGUGCUGCUGCGCCAGCAGCGCUGGAAGGUCGCGCCUUCGAGACAAGGGGAGUCUGACAGAAAACGUGAGCAGCAGCAGCGACUGCUGCUGCUGCAGCACGAGCUGCUGCUGCUGCUGCAACAGCCGCUGCAGCAGCCCCGUGCUGUUCACGGCCCGGGACGUGGCGCGGCGCUCCUACACCGUGUACGACUUCUUGAUCUCUUGCCUCGGAGAUGGUUUUGCUGCUUUCUUUCCUGCGGACUGUCCCCUCGCAUGCAUGCGUUUGUCUACAGCCAGCGACGCCACCUUCAGGUCGCGGGGCCCCGGGGGGGCCCCCACAGACGCCUGCCUCUUUUUUCGGUCUUUUCUGGAUAGGUUUGCUGGAGUUGCUGCUGCAGCGCUGCUGCAGGGGCUUCACCCGGCCACCUGCAGCAGAGGCAGCAACCCCUAUCACAUCACUAAGCUGCUGGAGCUGCUGCUUUUCUGCACCAACGGGUCCAUAGAAACUCUGCCCUCACACGUAGUUGUGGCGCACCCGGGAGACACUGGCGGCGGCGCUGCUAGUACCAGCAGCAGCAGCAGCAGCAACAGCAGCAGCGGCAACGGGAGCAGCACAAGCAGCCUGGGACAGCCGCAGCAGCCUGAAGAGGAGAGGGAAACUUUCCUGCCGGCGGUGUCGAAGGACAACGAAACCACAGCAGCAGGUGCUGCUGCUCUGACGGGGUCGCCAGUAGCGGCAGAAUCAGCAGCAGCAGAGCCUGGCAGCAGCAACUUGUACGCCUGCAGCGCUAUAUCUCUUUCAGAGGUUCUGCGGCACUUGCUGCUGUCUCUGUCCUUCCCCUCCUCUCAGGAGCUGCUGCUGCGCAUCACCGGCAGCAACAGCGCAUGCGUGGGGCCUAUCGGGGCACCCGUGCUGCAGGCGCUGCUAGAAGGCUGCAGCUGGAGGGCCUUUGUUGCUGCGCUCUUGCGGCAGCGGCACUUCGACAGGCGCGGCAGUUUGCUGCUGCAGCUAGUCAGUGAAGGGGGAGGAGCCAAAUGCGCUUGCAGCAGCAACGCCAACAGCAGCUGCUGCUGCUGCUGCAGCAGCUGCACUGGACAUCCGCAGCAACAAGAUCUGCAGCGGCACCAACGGUGCUCGCAUAUGAACAGAGGCAGCAGCGUUCAGCGACGCUCUUCUGCUGCAGCUCAGUUACAGAAUGCUGUUGCUCGCUCCCGCCGGGCCCGCAGACAGCAGGGGGAGCAGCCGUUUUGCUGCAGCAGCAGCAGCAGCAGCGGGGAGAGCAGCUGUGUGCAGUACGCACCAGCUGCCUUCUCUGACCCUGCCACCAGCAGCAUGAAGCACCUCCGCAGCAGCCUGAUGGCGCCGCUCACGAGCUGCUGUUCUUGUAGAUGGGGCACCCCUGGCUCUCGGUGGCUGAUCCGUGCUGCUGUCAGCAGCAAGGCGGAGCGCCUGCUGCUGCGGCGUGAGCUGCACCAGCAGCAGCGGCAGCAGAAGCGGAAGCAGCAGCACGGCGAAGGCCACCAGCAGCAGCAGCAAAUGCGGAGCCUGCAUGCGACUUCUGGCGGGAGCCUUUCGGGCUGGAGAACAAAGGCAGCCCGCAGCAGCUGCGGCGGCGGCAGGGGAAGCAGACGCAGGCCAUCAUCUGCUGCUAACAGCAGCUCGGUUUCGCCGUCGUCGCGGCGACGCCUAUUCAGCGGCCAUUCUGCGGAGGCGCCCCAUCAGGCGCAGCAGCAGCAGCAACUGCUGCAGCAGCAGCUGUGCCCAUCUCCUGCCAGUGAGCUGCUGCACAAUACUCUGCAGCUUCCUCGUAGGGGAGUCAGCAGCGGCAGCGGCCCCUCCGUUUGUGCUGCUGCUCCUGCAGCGGCUGCAAGCCGUGCUGGCUCAAGCCCCCCGGAAGCGCGCACCCAGGAGGCUGACCGCAGGCAACAGAACAGCAGCAGCAGCAGACAACACAUGCAGCACCAACAGCAGCAGCAAGUACAAUCACAGCAGCACCGAAUAUCUCGGGCGCAUGCAGAGGUGCGACGGCAGCGGCGGCAGCAGCAGCGGCUGGCGGAAUACCGGCACCGGUUUCCCCAUUUAGUUUAUUCAGAUACAGAAGCAGCAACAACAGUCCCGCUUCAUUCUUGCCCAGCAACAGCAGCAGCAACUGAGACAAGCGCAGCAGCUAGCAGCGGGUCUGCAUUGGGAGCAAGCGCAGCAGCAGGAGAUGCUGGAUCGUGGGGCUGGGGCGUCGUAGGGCCCCCCCCUGGGGGCCCAUUAUACCCACUGCACUUCCACUUGUGGGCCCUCCACGUGAAGCGGCGGUAUCAGCAGCAGCAGCAGAAAGCUGCUCUUGCUGCAGCUGCCGCUGCUGCAAGGAGGCGCAGCUCAGCCUGGGCUUCUCCUCUUAGCUGCGCUGCACCACUGUUUCCCCAGCAGCGUAGCAGGUGGCAGGUGCAGCACGGGACUGUUGCUGCAGCAGCUGCCGCUGCGGAGGCGCGAGAGGAAGUAGAGUGGGGCCCCAGCUCUGCAAAACGGCCCCUCCCGUGCAGUGGUAGCUUGGAAGGGGAGGAGAUCCUCCUGUGUGUGUCUGCUGCUCCUCCUGCAGCGGCAGACAGCGCGGCCGCAGCUGGAGAGAGCAGUGCUGCUGCGCCUCCAGCUGAUGACAGCAGCAGCAGCCGGCGCAGCAGCAGCAACGGCAACAUCACCAGCAGAGUGCAGCGCGAACAGUGGACUGUCACCGCCCUACACAGCUCUGAAGGCUCCCAGUCAUCAUUCCUUGAACAGAGUGCAGCUGCAGCAGCCGCAGCAAGCGCGUCGGCUGCUGCUGCUGGCGUUGAUGCGCCGCUUCACAGCGAGCCGGCAGCAGCUGCUGCAGCAGCUGCUGCCCAUUCUCAGUUGGAGGGCAUGGAAGAAGAGAGGGAGGGGAGCCGUUCUUCUUGCUUGUCGAGUGUCUACACCACUGAGGCCUCUUCAGAUGCCUCUCCUGUCUGCGGAUCUCCCGAUAUAUCUUUGCCUUGUGCUUCUCCGCUGCCGUUUCAAAGUCAGGGAGGCGAUCCUGCUACUGCUGCUGGCGCUUCUGCCAGCUGGAGGCGAGGCACCAACUCGCACACGGCGACCAGCAGCAGCACCAGCAGCCGUGCACAGGUUUCGCUGUUCCCGCCUGCAUCCGUGGUGCCGCUGUCUGUGCUGCGGGAGGCAGCACUGCCCUUAGCAGCAGCUCACCCCAGCAACUUCUUGAGCCUAGAUGAACACGUGCCUUUCUUUGUUAGGCUGCUGGAGGGCGCCUACAAACAUCCUGCAUGCAGACCCCCAGGAUGCACAGGCCUAAACGUGCCUCGCCCGGGAGUUAGCGAAGCGGAGUUUCAGCUCUGGAUGCAGCAGAAGCUGCAAGAGGGAACGACAGACAUGGCGGAGGUUUACGGCGACCCCACAAUGGAAAUGUCUGCGCACAAGGUGCUGCUGGAGGAGACUUUCAUCAAGUCCGGAUUCAUUUCAGGAGUCGUGCAGAGCCUCAUAAGAAAGAGAAGCCGCCGAGCCUGUCUGCAGCUGCUGGCGGCCAUUGGCGCCCACGCGCAGCCCUUUCGUUGUCUUGCUGUUUUCCAUGCUGAGGUGGAGGCACAGUUGCUGCAGACCCCACUCGCCCUUGUCUCCGCACUUCUAUGUUGUAUUCCCAAGGGGCCAUUAGGCCGCCUGGGUGUGUCCUUCAUUGCGGCCAUCGAUGCGCUGCAGCAGUUAGUGGGUGUGGUGCCUGCGCUGCUUGAGCACUUGACUGUGUCACACUGGCAAGGGCUACUGGAGCUGUUCAUCACGCGCAGAUCGCACCAUAUAUUUGCCUCCAAGCUUUUGUGCAUACUCAGAAGGGCUCUGGACUUGGGGUCUGAGGAGAUGCACCGCCGGCUAUUUGCAGACUGUCGCUUGCUGGACCGUUUGGACCACGCAGUGUCUCAGUACCGCCAGAGUCACAGCCAGGCGAAGAGGCAGCCAGCUGACGGCCUGGGGCCCAUUGUGGAUCUUUUGAUACACAUGAGCAUACAUGUGCAGCUUGAUGGUGUUGUGCCGGCUCUUUGCCCCUCUUCUCCUUCCUCUGGGAUGAACACCCCUCGGUUGGGGCCCUGCACCCCGCGUAGCAGUAGCCAGCAGCAGCAGCAGCAGCAUACGCUAGCUUUGAAACUCUUCUCCCCAAGGAGUGGCGGAUUCGAUGCUGCCAACCCAGCAGCAACGGCAGCAACAGCAACUGGUGCUGCUGCAAGUCCUGUAACCGUCACAGCAGCAGUUUCGACGGUGUCCCCAGCGGCGUUGCUGCACUCUUUGCUCCCAGUAAUUCCCAUCCUUCCUCCAGCAGCAUCAUCAGCCCCAGCUGCAACAGCAGCAGCACCCGCUGUUCCGGCUGCUGCUGCUCCAGAGAUGGCACCCACUGAAGGAGGCAUGCAUGCUGCAGACACAGUAGUGGACUUGCCCAAGGUCUCCUUGCCCCUCACUCCACUUGUGCGCCUUGUUGCGGAGGACGAACAGCAGCCGCAGCUGCAGCAGCAACAGGAAAGACGCGAAAGUCUUGAUGGAAUGGCACGACAAGCAUCCAGGACCUCCGCCAACCCACAUACAGCAGCAGGUGAGCUGCAGGUGGCAGCAUGCAUGAGGCCGGGUGGGGACAACCCCAGCAACAGCUGCAGCACGGAAACUUCUGCCUCGCAGCAGCAACAGCAGCUGCCACAGCGGCAACAACACGAACCUGCAGCGGAGAGCUCCUCUGAUGGGGCCUUGGCUUUGUGCCGCGCCGGAGGAGGCGUCUCGCUUGAGAAUCGCCACCAGGCACUGAACAGCGCCAGCAGCAGCAGCAGCAGCGGCAGCAUCAGCAGGAGCUCUGCUGCUUCACAACCUCUAACGCCGCGGCCCCAAUCGCCUGCAGUACGAUCGCCAGUGCAAGCAGGAACACCGUCUCCAGCAGCAGCAUAUGAUACUUCUGCAGAGGGUCAUGUGGCGGCUGUCGUCCACUUUAGAGGGCCUGAAGGGGUGCAACCGAUGGAGAUUGAUUUUGACCACUUCUCCCCCCCCGUGUCACCGACGGCUGCCACCACCACGCAAAACAUGCAGGCAGCUGGAGAGCAAACUUCUGAGGCUUUCGUCGUCACCCCGCCGACCCCCCAGCCGCUGGUUACUGAGGAGGGGUCAACGCAGCCCUGCAGCAGCAGCAGCAGUAGCAGUCCACGCCGACUGUCUCCUCCCCAGCCAGCAUCAGCAGCGUCUGCAGCAGAGCAGCCACUUUCCGUAGCAGCAGCCACGGCAGCAGCAUCCUCCGCAGCAGCAGCAUCAGCAGAAGAAGCUGAAAGCGUGCAACUGUCUCCCGUCAGCUACACGGACAGCAGCUGCAGCGACGGCAACAGCAGCGAUGGCAGCAGCAGUGAUACCAUCAGCAGCAGCAGCGAUAGCAGCAGCGAAAAAGACAGCGCGAGGCGCUGCCUCGAUGUGCCGGGGAGCCACCAGGGGGCACCGAUGACUUACGUGACUCAGUUUUUGUUGCAGUCUCGCAAAUGGCAAAAGUUGCAGCGUUUUAUAUCGAAGCAGCGGAGGGGACCCUUCUUGGAUCUGACAGACCCAAACAACUUCAUGCCAGUGGACGAGGCUAGGCGGGUAAAGGAAGAAAGAAAAAGGCAAGAGAAACUGCAACAUCAGAGAGAGGGCAAGCAUCGGAAGAGCAAAUCUGAGAAAAAACGCAAGAAAGAGGGCAGCCACCACUCGUCCCAUGGGCACACACCCCGUGUGGUGUUGCCGCCUGAGCAACUUGGGGAGGCCGACGAGGGUCCUCAGUUUAGGCAGGCAGAAGCAAGCCUUUUUAAUACACAGCCGCUAGGGGAUGGAAAUCCAGGAGACAUGCAGCAGCUGCGGCAGCUGCAGCAGCAGCAGCAGCCAUGGAGGUCGUAG